AUGAUUGAUACUGCAUUUUCAGACAUGCCCCAUACUUACAUUGUUGGUGGUGAAAGGGCUGGAUUGGCCUCUACUGAGAGAAAAAACCAAUACAGGACUUUGCCAAAUGUUGGACCAAUUCAGCGGAAAGCGAUUGGAAAAAGGGGAGAUGCAUAUGUUAGGACAAUUGGGUCGAUAUCAAAUGACUGGGCAGCAUCAGAAGCAGGACAUAAAUGGGAGGGUAUGUAUGGUACUAAUCUAAUGAAGGAAUCUGGGCUGAGCUUGCCAAGAACUUUAAAGGAUAUUUUCACCCAUCUAGCUGAUAAGAUUAAGUUUACAGAAGAAAAGCUGAGGAAACUGAAUGUGGUCAGUUUUAUUCAUACAGGCACAGUGUUGAUUAGAACAAAUCUUGAUUGCCCAGAUGGGUAUAUCUGUCGAUACACAAGAAGAAAUCCACUUGAAGUUUACAUGGAUGUAAAUAAUUUUGGUAAAUCCUUGGAUGUGCUAGUUGAGAUAAUAUAUGCAAAGCUCCUAGUACUCCAAACGAUGAAAGUUGUGAAUGAUUCGGUGGAUGGUAAAAGUAAUGUUACAAGGUGGAAAAAACAAGCAAAAUUGGAUAGGUCUAAUAUUACUACAAUACCUGAUGUCCAUCCAUCACCAAAAAGAUAA